AUGAUGAAUGGACAACACGCAGACCCACCGAGUUCGAUACCAAAAUCGAAAACUGGCAAGUAAGUCCAAUUUAGUUUAUUAGAAGAUUCAAUUUCCUGUCCUGCUGAAAUAUAAGAUUAAAAUGAGUUUAAACUUUAUAUUUAUGUUCUUCAUUGAAAACAAACUAAAACAGACUGUUCUUUUUUUCAUGCAGUAAUGUGAUGUUCUGGACAAGCGAGCACGAUGUCCUGUUAUGCAGAGAGGUCGUUUCCGAGAAUCCGUUCAAAACAAGAAAGGGUUCGUCACAAAGAAGCGUUAUUUGGGAUAGAAUAGCCAACACUUUGAAUACCUGUUCCAAGCCUGUCUUUGCUGUGGAUAAAAGGUCCGUAAGGGAUCAUGUGGGUAUUUUAAUUAACCGAAUCAAAAAGAAAUUGAGAGCUGAGGAAAGGAGCUCGGGCAUCGCGCUGCCCGAGCCCACAGAACUUGAAAACUUGGUGGAAGAAAUUAUGGCUCUCGAAGAAACAGCUGAUGCAGAAAUGAAAGAGGACGACGAAAGUGUGAAAGGAAAGGCUGAAAAAGAGAAGGCAAAGGCCACAGAUAUGAGACUUAAAGCACUUGAGAAAGUGUCGGAGACGAUGAAGAGACACUCAGGCGAAAAUGAUCAGGAAAAAGUAAAGAAAAGAGAACGGAGAAGUGGCAGCGAGACCAUGUUGUUCCUGUCCAAAAAAGCGGAAAAAGACCAGGAACUUAAACUUGAGGAACUCCAGCUGAAAAAAGAGCAACACGAUUUGGAUGCAAAACGUCUACAGGCGAGCAUUGAUCAGCAACGCCAGUUUCAGCAACAACAAAGUGAAAUGAUGCGGCUAAUGCAAGAACAACAACAACAGCAGCAACAGCAACUCUUGGCGUCACAACAACUGAUGUUGAGACAGCAACAAGACCAAACUAAAGCACUGAUGAGUUUGUUGGACAAACUUGUGAACAAAUAG